UAGGAUUGGAGGUAUCAAGAUAGUUUUCCCAUGGGCGGCUCAGAACCAGAACCAAUUAAUAAAAAAGUAGGAUUAGCAAUCAAAUUUCAUUGAAAUAUCUUGAAAAUCGAACCAAAACUUAAUUUGCGGCCAAUCUGUUCCAUUUAUCUGUUGAACAUUUUUUAACAAUAUGUUCUUAAGAGAUAAAAGUGUAUAAUUAGGUGUUAGACUAGAAGGGACAGAAAAAUUUAAUUGGAUAAUAAACCCAGAGGGGUCGACUCCGCGCAUGUUUAACUUAUACAUAUAUAUUAUAUCAAGCAUUAAUUGAAGAUGGAAGAUUUAUCAUGAGGAGUCUACUGGAGUAUAUAUCCCAGUUUAGUACAGGAAGAGAAAACUACAAGAAUUGUUUCUGUACAAAUUCAAUUUCUUGCUGAAUCGAUAAAAUAUAAUAUAUUAGGAGUAUAUAAUGGAUAACGAUGCUGAUGCCAACUACGUGGAGAUCGAGCAGCGGCAAAUCGAGACGGAGGCAUACUACUUCACCGUGGAUCGGGACAUGGCGGAGCGCAUGCUCUGCGGACGUGAGGAUGGCGCCUGUUUGGUGCGUCCCUUUAAGGCGACGGAUGUUUCCAUCAAGUACAUUGUGAGCAUCUGUGCGGAUCGGCAGUUCUAUCACCUGUUUGUGCGCCAAAUCGAUGGACGACAACGUUUCGCCAUUGGCCAGUUGAAGCCGCACGAGCGGCACUUCGCUUCGCCCUGCGAGAUCAUCGAAUUCUACGUGGAACACGCGCUCCUCUGCACCAACAAGCAGCGCAGCCAGAGCGUUCGCCUGAGGCCCAUCAGCUGUGCCUAGGCAGGGAG